AAAAUUUUUAAUCAACACUACAAACAAAAAAAUUCCCGCUCCGUGAAUAUGACGCUGCUAACGCUUGUGUGAGUUUGCAUUUGACAUUUCAACAAACGUCAAAAGAAAUUUAUUCCAUUGAAUUGAAAAGGUAGUACUUGUCAGUCUGCAAUUUUGUUAAGGAAUAAAAAUGGCAACAGUUUGGUUACAUGUUAUCCGUCGUCAAUUGGCGACAAAAGCCUCUAAUCCAGGAACAGCUGCAACUGCUGGCGAGCACUCAGGUGGCUACAAGGUUUGGAAGCGUUUGUCUUUCUUCGUCGCUCUGCCAGCUGUUGGGUUGUGUAUGUUAAAUGCUUACUUGAAGCAUCAAGAGGAGCACCACAAGCCACGUCCAGCAUUCGUCAAGUAUGAUUACUUGUUCAGACGUGAGAAGCGUUUCCCAUGGGGUGAAGGUAACAAGAGUCUAUUCCACAAUCCACACGUUAAUGCCUUACCUGAUGGUUAUGAGCAUUAAACCGAUGCUCCAUAAACAAAAUUGCUAUUUCCAAAAUUAUCAAAGCAUAAGUUAAAACCGUUGCAGCAAGAUUUAUAUUGGAACUGGAAUAGUUAAAAUUAUUAAUUUAUGUCUAUUUAGAUUAAUUGCUGCAAUUAUUACAAUUAACUAUUCAAAUAAAUUUC